AUGGCGGCGUCCGUACGAGUGUGCUGUGCCCUCCGGAUUACUCUCGGGGGGGCCCUUCCUCGUCCCCUCACAGGAGCCCUGCAGACAGUCCCACUGUGUCUGCAGCCCGCACCUCCCACCAGACACCCCCCGACAUGGACACAGAUCAGACAUGGCAGCUUCUUCAACAAGUUGACAGCGGAGGAGUUGUGGAGAGGUGUGCUGGCUGAGACUGGAGCAGGAGCAAGAAAAGGCAGAGGGAAGAGAACCAAACGGAAAAUGAAGAGAGACUUAAACCGUGGGCAGAACCUCGGAGAAGGUCGUGGUGGUUUCCUGUGGCCUGGCCUGAAUGCUCCAGUUGUGAAGGACGGCUCUGUUCAAAAUAUGUCCCAGCGAGGUGAAGCUGAGCAGCAGGCGCUUCAAGCAGAGAUAGCUCGACAGAGAGAUGAGUGGGAGAAAAGGAGGAAGUUAAAAGUGAAGAAGGAGCGAGGAUGGACCGGCUCAUCUUGGGGAGGAAUCAGUCUGGGACCUCCUGAUCCCGGUCCAAAUGGAGAAACAUAUGAAGACUUUGAUUCCCGUGUCAUUGAGGUGAAAAGCGUCUUCAACAUGACGGCCAAAGUGGGCAGGAAGAGGUCUAUCAGCUGUUUGGUCGCCGUCGGAAACGGCAACGGAGCUGCAGGUUUUGCUGUGGGGAAAGCGGCAGAUAGAAAUACAGCUCUCAGAAAAGCCAAAAACAGAGCCGUCCACUUCUUGUACUACAUCGAACGAUUCAACAACCACACAAUUUAUCAUGACAUUGAAUCCAAGUUCAAAAGGACAAAGCUCCGCAUGAAGAAGCAAAACAAAGGCUACGGUCUGCACUGUCACCGAGCCGUCAUCACACUGUGUCGGCUGAUCGGCGUUGAGGACAUGUACUGCAAAGUAGAAGGAUCUGUCAAUCUGCUCAACAUCACCAGGGCUCUGUUCACUGGAUUAGCCAAUCAGGAAACUCACCAGAUUCUUGCAGACAAGAAACAGCUGCAUGUGGUGGAGUUCAAGUCGGAGCGUGGGCCGCUGCCCCUUGUGGUGGCCAGCCCCACCACAGGAGUGCGAGAAGAGCCCGAGCCGGAGGACGAGGUUCCCAACACCAAACUGCACUGGGGCGACGUGAGGGCCGCACAGGGCAUGAAGCGCUCCAACUGGGCCACCGUGAAACGCACCAUCUGGUAG